AUAAAAAAAAUGUGCGCAUGAGUAAAUGAAACAUUUUGGAGAAAGAUAGAGAAAGAAAAAGAGAGAGAGAGAGGAAGGGGGAGGGAGAGAGAGAGAGUGGGAGAGGGAGGGAGAGAGAGAGAGUGGGAGAGGGAGGGAGAGAGAGAGAGAAGGGGAGGGAGGAGAAGAUAGAGUGGAAAGGAGAAAGAGUGGGAAGUGGGAACAUGGAAAGAGGGGCGUUCACAAUCUCACGAUCGCUCAUAAUCAGUCAGUCUAUGUCGGACUGCGCGACUGUGUACAAUUUGGAUUGACAGAUCUGUGAAUUUGUACGUUAAAAUUACAUUUGUCGUUAACGUUACGUUUCCUUUUACAUCUUCUACAUUUAAGACGAACUAUACAUAGAAGAAGGAAACAAAGUGCAAUUAGAAUAAACAAAGUGUCUAUUAACGUAACUUCAAACGUACGAAAAAUCACGUGUUGUGAUAUCAGAAGCGCGUGUAUGUUGUGAUAUCGUUAUUAAUAAUUAAUCACCGCUGUCUCCCAAUAAAAGAGAAAUCAAGGUGAAGACAAGGCGAGACCCGCAAAUGAUUGUCUAGUAACGCAUCAACUACCAUAUUGCAAAUCGAUGUCAAGCUAAGGGAAAGAAUUACGAUACAUUUUGGAAAAUGAUCACCCGUCGUGAGACAUAUCUCGUGAUUUUGAUUAUCACUGUAAGCAGUUUCUCUGCCUUUCAUUGCCCAACAAAUAGGACAUGCGAUUGUGACAAGAAUUUUGAUGGCGCUUUUGAGUUAAAUUGUUUAACGGGGAACGACUCAUAUUUCAUUGUGAACAUUCAACCAGACCAAUAUAUAAGGAUCGAUUGUAUCAACUCGCCGGAAUGGACAAAUUUCUACUUGGAUGUGACGUCCCAAACGGAAAAUGAAAUCAAAUCAGUAUUCUUUCGAAUGUGCGAUUUACCGAACAACAGAAGUUUGGGUGAAAUCACGCAAAUGUUAGGAGUCACUGGUGUUGAGAAAUUGAGUUUCCAAUCGUACAAGAACUUGAGCUUUACUCUGAAAAAACAACAUUUAGCCAAUUUCGAGAAUCUGAAAUCUUUGAUUUUAUCGAGCAAUAAUGUGUCCUAUGUAGAUAGCGAUUUGUUAGCCGAUCUGACUAAUUUGACGGGGCUCAAUUUGCGCGAGAACAACUUACAUUUGAUCAACGGAAUUUUCAAUCAUACCCCGCAAUUGCAGUGGCUCGAAUUGUCCAAUAAUGAUUUGCAAUCGAUAGAAUUAGGUACAUUUGGGAAUCUGAAAAAUUUGACAUUGCUCAAUUUAUGGAAAAAUCGUUUAACGAAGCUGCAACCAGGAAUUUUUGAUGGUCUUGUCGCUCUCAAAACACUCGAUCUUAAUUGGAAUAACAUGAUCAGUUUACCGGAAGACAUAUUUGCAAAGCUGAAGAACCUCGAAAUUCUCAACUUAUCUCGGAACAAUUUUACAGUUUUACCGAGGAAUCUGCUACGAAAUAACAUGAAACUACAUACUUUCACUAUGUCCGACAACAAAAGAAAUAUGACCUUACCAAAUGAAUUUUUCGCUAAUUUAACAGAAUUAAAGGUGUUGAAUCUGGAUAAGAAUGGAUUUACCUCAUUAAAAAAAGAUCUUUUCUGGGGAUCUUCUUCGCUGACCAACAUCACUUUAAGCCGAAAUUAUCUUAAAUCCUUACCCGUGCUAAUUUUCCGAGAUUUGAAAGAAUUGCGAGAAUUGAAAUUGACUUUCAAUGAUCUUGAAGAAUUACCUGAUUAUAUUUUCUUGAAUACCAAGCGAUUGAUAAAAUUGGAUUUAUCAAAAAAUCGCAUCACUUCCAUUUCCAACCACGUAUUUGAUGGAUUGUAUAUGUUGGAAGAAUUAAAUAUGGAAGAAAAUCAGCUGAUGAUCAUUUCCGAUCAUAGUUUUACAUCUUUAAAUCAAUUGAAGAUUGCUAAAUUUUCCAACAACCGUCUUACGUUACGAUCUACUUUUCUCGGAUAUAAAGAUGAAUACGGAACCAAUUCACCUUUUCAUUAUUGCACAAAUUUAAAGGAAUUAUAUUUAGCCAAUAAUAAUAUCUCGGAAAUAUUCAGUGACUGGAAGUUGAGUAAUUUGUAUCUUAGAAUAUUGGAUCUCAGAUAUAACAAUAUAUCCUCUAUAGAUAGCGAAGAUUUGCAAUUUUUAUCGAGCGAUAUCAAAGUGGAUUUAACUUACAACAAAAUACAGCAUAUCUUUUUGCACAAUGCCGAACAAAUUGCGGAAUUUCAGCAGGCUUUUCAUGAUGCGAUAAUAUUAGUGGCGAACAAUCCGUUAAAUUGUGAUUGCGGAUUGUAUGACUUUUUACGAUAUAUCGAAGGCAAAAUGCAUUCCAACGUUCAAAAUUAUUUCCACAUAAUACCUGGAAAUUUAACCUGUCAAAACCCAGAAGACCUGAAGAACGUGCCUGUUAAGAUGUUAAAAUCUGAAUCAUUAAUGUGCACGGUGAACGACACAAAUCUCGAGUGCCCCGAAAUAUGUGAUUGUCACGUGAAGCCAGAUGGCAACGUAUUUAUAUUCAAUUGCUCUCAUAGAAAUUUAACUAGCAUUCCGAGCAAUAUAAAAAAUCCUGGCGAUCUCUGGCAAGUUGAACUGAAUUUCGCUAAUAAUCAAUUUACACGAAUGCCGGAUUUGAAAAAUUUAAAACAUGAAUCAGUGAAGAAACUUGAUUUAUCUCACAAUAACAUCUCUGAGAUCUUUUUAGAUGAAUUGCCCAGGACAAUACAGGUCUUGCAACUAGAUAAUAACAACAUAUCAAGAAUAUAUCCUGAUGUGUUAGAAUUCUUCAAAAACUCUACAAAUUUAAACUUGACAUUACACGAAAAUCCAUGGAUAUGCGAUUGCAGCACUAAGGACUUUCUAAAUUUCAUUCAAACAAAACUCGUGGCUAUACCUAAUCUAAAUAAAGUGAUAUGUCCCGGAAAAGAUAAACCCAUAUCAGAGAUGACCACGAUCGAAUUUUGUCCGUUUGACAAUACAGCGAUUAUGGGUAUCAGCGUAGCGAUCGCUCUGAUCGGAUUGCUUAUCGGCAUCUCGGGAGUACUGUAUUACAAAUAUCAACAACAGAUUAAAGUAUGGCUAUUCGCGCAUCAAUGGUGCUUGUGGUUCGUAACGGAAGAAGAAUUGGAUAAGGAAAAACUAUACGACGCAUUUGUAAGUUAUUCGCAUAAGGAUCAAGACUUUGUGGUGAAUGAAAUAGUGUCGAAAUUGGAAAAUGGCCCAAUGCCAUUCAAACUGUGUCUUCAUUAUCGGGAUUGGUUGGCGGGCGAAUGGAUACCAGCAAAUAUCGCUAGAUCUGUGGAAGACUCGAAACGUACGAUAGUUGUAUUGUCACCGAAUUUCCUCGAGAGCGUCUGGGGAAGGAUGGAAUUUCGAGCUGCUCAUAGUCAGGCAUUGAGCGAAGGUCGAGCGCGGGUGAUAUUGAUUCUGUACGGCGAUAUCGGUCCUACGGAUGACUUGGAUCCAGAAUUGAAGGCAUACAUAAGCAUGAAUACUUAUGUCAAAUGGGGAGAUCCUUGGUUUUGGGACAAAUUGAGAUACGCGCUACCGCAUCAAAUCAAAUUACCUAAAAAAAAUAGCAUGAUCGGAAGAAAAAUCUUUGAGAAUCAUCAACUAUAUAUUUCAGCAAAUGGGGAUAAAAAAGAACUUAUGUAUCCGAUCGGGAUUCCCGAGACUCCUCCAAACACUACGCCACCCGCCGAUACGUUUAAAACAUUCGUAUGCGACAAGAAGGUGGAAGAAAAGUUACCUUCAAAUGAAUUUCCACAAGAAUCAUGUAAGUUAAAUGGAACGAUAAUUCUUCAACCAGAACAUUUAAUCAAACAUGAUCCUAUGAUUGAUAAUAAAGAGUGCAUUGUUUGACAACACAAAGAUAAAAAUAUAAGAUAUGACGAGCAAUCACAUUUAUAGUUCCAUCUGUGAUAGAUGCAGUGUUGAUGUUCCCAGUUGAUUGUUUUGAGAAUUUUUUAUUUCUCUUAUAAAGAAGAUUUGAUCUUAAUUUAGAAUCUUCAGAAAUGAUUAAAAAUAUAAACUUGAUAUAAGAACAAGAAAAAAGAAAAAAAAACAUGAUAAAUAUAACAAUUGACUGAUGUUAGGAUGAACCUACAUAUAUAUAAAUAUUAGCAUAAUAUGUAAUAUGUAUUUUUUAUCAAUUCCUGAUAAAUUAAUUUUCAGGAAUAAAAAGCUCACUUAAAUAAUUCAUAUAAAAUAUGUUCUAUAUAUAUUUUAAACAUAUUAUUAUAAACAUUAUAUUAUUUUGUUAGCUCUUAAAUAUUUUUCGAAAAAUGUAUAAUUAAAUUUAAACUUUUGUGUGCCCUAUAUAAGAUUCCAAAUCAAGAUUGUAAAUUGUUAUAAACUUUUUAUAACAAUUUUUAAAACGCUUUAUAACGCGAUAUACAUUAUAAAUAUUAUUGUUAAUAUAUAUAAUGUCAUUAUAUAAGUGUUUAUGCAUGUUAUAGAUGUGUUAACUUUAAUAUACUAUCACGUAAUACAUAUCAUGUAAUGUAUAUUAUAAGUUUUCAGUAUAUCUUUUAAAAAAUAUUAUAAAUCUUGUAUAAGAAAAUACUCAGUGAUGCUAUUUGGCAUAUUAUGAUGCAUCUUAUUUAGGUAUCAAAUACACUUAUAUAUAUUGCAAUAGUAUUAGUAAACACAGAGAAUUUAUAUAUAAUUUUUUAUAUAAUACUUUAUGUAUAUAAAAUUUUUCGUAUCUCCAUUACUGUAUCAAUAUUUAAUAGAUUCUUUGUUCAAAUUAUUAAAUACUGAUGCAGUAAUAAUAGAGAGAACAACUUAUAUAUAAUUUAAGUUACUGAGACAGUACCUGACAAACAAAAGAACAAUUAAUUUUUGUAAUUAAUUUUUCUUUAUAAAAUACUUUCCAUGUCAUGCAUUGUGCAGAUACCGUGCAUUACUGUUUAUACAUUUAUUCUUACAAAAUAUCUAAGUAUCUUGUAAGUAUCAAUAAUAUUUUCAAUUAUUUUUAUAAACCUUAAAAUAAUUAGAAGUAAUUUGUGUAAGAUUAGUAUGUUAAAAAACAUGCAAAAGACAUGCUAAUUAAGCAUUAUAUAUUUAUAUUAUAAUCCUUUAUUUUAUUUUUUUUAUUCUUUGUAUAUGAUAGACUGUAGCGUCCUGUAUUAUACAUAUGCACUAAUAAUACUUUAGAAAAAAUUUAUUAUCUAAAAUUUAUUAUCUGAAAAUAUAUAUGCAAGAUACAUGACAAAAUGCUUUUAUAAUAUAUGUAUGUAUAAAUGUAUGUAUAUCGUAUAUAUGUGUAGAUGUGUAAUUUAAAAAUCUGUUACAAAGAUAUUAGAUUUUAAAGAUAGCAAAUUUAUAGCAUGAAAAAUAGUAUAAUAAUGGAUAUUUUCACUAGAAAAUAAUUGAAUCUGAAUUGUCUGAAAACAUGUUUGAACACCAUGUUUUCAUAUAUUAGCACAAAAAAAUUUCGAAAGUAAAUAAGAUACACUUAAAAAAAAAAAUAGUUUUAUUUCACGAUUGGUCAAUAAAAAUCAGUAAAACUUGAAAAAGUUUUAAUGGAAAAGUAUAUAAUGAAAAUGUAAUUUCAUUACAGAGUAUAUGCUAUCAAUAAAUGUUACAUAACAACUUUUA